AUGAUAGUUCUUGCUUCAUCAUCAACACCGCCACCACAAGCUGAUACCCACCCCCAAUGCCUUGAUCACCAGAGAUCUGCUUUGUCUCUACUGCACCAUAACCUUAUGAUUAUGGGCGAUUAUUCUCCAGACGAUGAGUUGCAGGACUGGGACCUGAAAACAGAUUGUUGCUCUUGGGAUGGGGUUGCAUGUAAUGGUGAUGGUCUUGUGACUGAACUUGAUUUGAGUCCGCCUGUUUCAGCAACGCUUAAACUUGAAAACCCAGUCCUUGAAAUGACCUCUCAGCACAAAGUAGCAGCUGGUGUGAAGCCAUCUCUCAUUUACUUCCCAACCUUAGAGUCUUGA